UAUUUGUCAGCCUUUAGUUUCGGAAGCGUUUUUAAAGGCCGUACUGUUUCACGCAUAGGCUAAGUUCUUAGCUGAGAUUGUUUCACCCAUACUUCCCAUUGGGAAUCAGUAAAACAUAUAUCCAUCCUUCUAUCUGGACAUUCUUCGGAAAAGGGGCCUAAAACGAUGGAAAGGAAAAAGUACCGGAUUUUAAGGGAUAAGGGACAUGCUUCGCCCGGUCACUUCUUUUUUGAUGUGGUAAUGCUUUAUAUUUUUACACUUCGUCUGUUUAUUUUGUGGACUCCUUCUCCAAACUUCUUUGCCACGCUCUCUCGCUCUCUCUCCCCUCCGGUAAAGCGGAACGUGCGUUUCCUGUGGCUCGCGACCUGAUUGGCGCGUUCCCUUCCGGAGCGGCGGGGCGCGAGCGACAUCUGGAAGGGAGGAGAAGAGGAGACAGAGGAGGUAAAAGAAAGAAGGCAACGAUCGUUGACACUUGGGGUAGAGCAUUCCCUUGGCAUUAUCUGCGGCUCACUUUGAUUGGCUGAUACCCUGACUAUGCGCUGAUUGCACCAUGGCCCCUGAGACUCUUUGGAAAUACCCAGAAUCCUUGGCUCUGAUUUGCAGCACUAACCUCUGUUGAAUAAAGCCCACACCAGCCUUUCCAAGUCAUGAUGUCAGUCUGUGUACCCGCACCACAUAACCCUCCUUCUGUGGAUGUAGCCAAUUGCAACGGGCCCUCUGCAACUCCACCCACCUCCCUCAUCUUACGGUCCUCCCAUAACCAACUGCUUAGCGGCGAUGUAAUCAAACAGGGCCAAGCUACGCCCCCAAAGUGUCGGAAGAAAUACGCGCUUACUAGCAUCCAGAGCGCAAUGGGGCUCGGCGAUGGCCCAGCCCCGCCUUCAUCAUCUUCAUCAUCAUCAUCCUCUUCGUCCCUCACAGCCGCCGCAGCCAACCUCAAACUGGUGAAGAACGGCGCCAACCAGCUGCGCAAGGCAGCAGAGCUUCAGGACCAGAACAAGAACACGCCCAGCGGAGACCAGGACGAGAUGGUGGGUCACGAGACGAGCACCGACCACGAGCCGCUCGCCGAGUCAGAGAUGAGCCCCAGUAGGCGGAUGGAGUCCGACAACGGGCAUGAGCACGAGCAUGUCGAUGAGGAUGCAGGCGACUCCCUUAGCGACCGCAUCAAUGAGGAGGACUGCAGCCAUGAGUCCGAUGCCAACCCAUUUGAGGAGGACGAUGGCGACGAUGACCUGCUCAUCUUGUCGGAGAAAAUGGAGCACACUCUCGAUGUGAAGACCCCGUCCUGUCGGAAGGUGAAAAGCUUCCUGGAGUCACAUGGCGAUGACCCGCCGCCGGACGAGCCGACCACGUGUGAUGACGUCACUGAGCCAUUGCUGAAGGAGCGGGAGGACACCAGCCAUACAUCGCUGAGGAAACCACGCAGCCCAGAAGAUACGCCCCUGCUGUCGGUUGGCUCCUCCUCCUCUUCCUCGUCCUCCCCGGAGACGAAGAAGGACCGGCCCCGUACGGGUGCCAAAACAGACCGUGCGCUCAACCGCAUCCAGAAUCUUCCACACAGUGAUGAGGAAUCCAGCUGGACAACACUGUCACAGGACAGCGUGUCGCUGGGCUCGCCCGAGGAGACUGAUAUCUGGGGAGAGCAGUCGUUCCAGACAGACCCUGAUCUGCCCCCCGGAUGGAAGAUGAUGACAGACAUGGCUGGCGUUUAUUACUGGCACAUCCCCACAGGCACCACUCAGUGGGAGAAGCCUGAGCCCUGCCACAGUGCCCCAGCCCAAGCCCGCCAGCCCUCUUUGGGCUCACUCUCCCCAUCGCCCACGCCUGACCAAGAGAGCUCUCAUGCAGACGUGUUUUUCGGGGCGUCCUGCCGUUCAGGCAGCACCAUGUCCGACAGUUCCUCGGACCCCGUCCCGCUUGCCUCGACCUCCUCCUGCCUCGACCCAGCCCCUAUCCUGUUGUCCAACUCCUCCUCUUCCUCUGACGCCAACGUUCCCUCCUGCGGAUUCGUCAACAGCUGCUAUUAUCCCCGAUCCUCAUCGCUGCAGAUCUUGCCAGAGAAAGACCGGCACGCUGAGAAGACACAGCAUCGAGAGGAGGAUAAGAGACAGCCCUGGAGUGAUUUUGCAGUGGGAAAAAUUGAUAGUGAGAUCUGGAAGGAUCUGCAGGCUGCUACAGUGACCCCUGACCCCAGCCUCAAGGAGUUUGAAGGAGCAACUCUGCGCUAUGCCUCGCUCAAGUUACGAAAUCCUGCACCCGUGGAAGAUGACGACUCUAGUAGCAUUAACAGUGACCCUGAAGCCAAGUGCUUUGCGGUGCGCUCUUUGGGCUGGGUGGAGAUGGCCGAGGAGGACCUGGCCCCCGGCAAGAGCAGCGUGGCCGUGAACAACUGCAUCCGCCAGCUCUCCUACUGCAAGAACGACAUCAGAGACACAGUGGGCAUAUGGGGAGAGGGGAAGGAUAUGUACCUGAUUCUGGAGAACAACAUGCUGAACCUCGUUGACCCGAUGGACCGCAGCGUUCUGCACUCUCAGCCAAUUGCCAGCAUCCGCGUGUGGGGCGUCGGCCGCGACAACGGCAGAGAGAGGGAUUUUGCCUAUGUAGCACGUGACAAGGACACCCGGAUACUAAAGUGUCACGUGUUCCGCUGCGACACGCCUGCUAAAGCCAUCGCUACCAGCCUGCACGAGAUCUGUUCCCGGAUCAUGGCGGAGCGUAAGAAUGCCAAAGCUAUGACAGGAGGAUCGAUGCAGGACAGGAAUCACACAGGACUCGAUGUCCCCCUGCAAGCAGAGUUCCCCACACCAAAGACUGAACUGGUACAGAAGUUUCAGGUGCUGUACAUUGGCAUGAUGCCAGUAGCCAGACCAAUAGGCAUGGACAUGCUCAAUGGUGCAGUGGACAGCUUAAUGACGUCAUCAACCCGUGACGACUGGACUCCAGUGAUACUGAAUGUAGCCGACGCGACUGUCACUGUCAUCAAAGAGAAGGAGGAAGAGGAAGUCCUGGUGGAGUGCCGCGUGCGCUUCCUGUCGUUCAUGGGUGUGGGCCGGGACGUGCACUCCUUUGCUUUUAUCAUGGACACAGGCAGCCAGCGCUUCGAGUGCCACGUGUUCUGGUGCGAGCCCAACGCUGGCAGCGUAUCGGAGGCUGUGCAGGCUGCUUGCAUGUUAAGGUACCAGAAGUGUUUGGUGGCCCGUCCGCCAUCUCAGAAGACCUGCUCGCAGGUGCCGCCUUCAGACUCAGUGACGCGCCGCGUCUCCACCAGCGUGAAGCGCGGCGUCCUGUCCCUCAUCGACACGCUCAAGCAGAAGAGACCCGUCAAUGAGCUUCCUCAGUAGUUCUACACGUUGGCAUACUGUGCCCCCCCCCCCCCCCCCCCCACACACACACACACACUUACUUACCCCCACGCACGUGUUCAAUCAGCAUGUCCGUAGCCUUGGAAGGAGGACGAAAGGGUGACAAAGAGACAUGAGACUGUGUCCAUGCCAAGAAAAGACUCAAAACACACUCUUCUACACACACACACACACACACACACCUCAUAAACUAUCUCUGUUUGUUGUGUUCCUGUACAUCACUCAUGCAUUAUCUGCUAAUCUGCACGGGGUGCCACAGCAGCUCUCCAGCAUGUCACACAGCAGGCGACAAGCGCGAGGCUGGAAAUGUUCCCAGAACUGGUGUUCGAGGAAGAUCAGAGUGUGUGUGUGUGUGUGUGUGUGUGUGCGCGCGUGUGUGUGCAUGUGUGUGCACGCACGCAUCUAAAAUACUUAGGAUAGAUCAAAUAUGGCCAAUUAACCUCACUAGAGCUUCCUCUGCACAAUCCUAGCUGGCUGCAGUGGGUGGGUGGGUGUGUGCAGUGUGCUUCAUCACUCCUAAAGUGUGUUUAGAGGACCUCUGAUGUCCUACACAACGCAUGUGUGUUUUCUUUUUCUGCUUCCUGUGUCAAAGUCUUCAACGUAGUUAUCAUUGCUGGUGUCGGUGUAAGGAUGGACAGAUGCAAGGAUGAGGAUUGUCGGAGGAAGAAAAACGGAUGACAUGAGCCUGCGCCGCUGCUAAUGUAUAAAUACAGAUCAAAGCUUUCACCAAAAAGACUUCUAGUGUACUAGAGGGCGGCUGCUUUUAGCGGGACUGUCCUGACAGACUCUGGACUAAUCCUCGUCAAUGCUGACAAAGAUCUGUAGAAUGUAAUCUGACACACACACACACACACACACACACACACACACACACACACACAAAAAGGCAACCGUGGCGGAAGCGGAUUUGUCUGAGUUGGAGAAGCCCUGCAGGUACGCUCCUGCCAUUUUCGCACUGACAUUGUCUUUAUGUGUGCUUUUGGGUUCGGGUUGCCUGAAACCCCAAGAUCCCCUUUGUAACACCCCUACCGCCAUCCCACCUUCAACUCACCACCUGCUUUAGGCCAGAUGCGGGUGAGAGAUCAGCUCGAGUGUCCAUUGGGUUGCAAACACGCUGGACCUCAAGGAACUUGUUUAAGCAGUGCUUGCAGGCGAACAGGACAUUUGAGCCGAACCACACCCUCAAAUGGCGAAAAUCAAAACGCUACUUCAGCUCAACGCCUGCGGCCGUCACCUGGAUGCUACCUUUAGCGUUUUUGAAUCACCCAGCAACAUCUGGCGUCGGCUUCUCAUACCCACCUGUGUGCGUCUGUGAUCUUGCCGCACUCUAGGGUUUGUAGUUCUUCCUGCCAUAUGAAAUGUAGUCCUAGCACUCUCCCUGACAGCAGGAGUCGAGCAGUCACCUGUGUGUAUAGUAUCUAUAUAACAUGCAAACACUUAUCACAUUAUAAGCUAUUACAUCUUUUUUUCUCUUUUUUUAAAUUUUGAAAUGUUUUAUUUCGUCAGUUUGUUUUGUACUACUUUGCCUUGGCAUGUCUUGUGAACAUUUUGGCCAAACUGUAUAAAAAAAUCAUUGUAUGUGUUGUAGAUAAAAACAAAGGACAAUGACCGAGAUGAAACAGAACAAAAGAAAGAUGAUUCUAUUUUAUGGUCUUUAAGGGACCUUGGCUGUAAGAAAUUGGGAAGGAACCAUAGGCGUCUAAUCUAUGCAUUCUUUUAGACUCUGAGGACAACCUGAGGAAAACAAACCCAGAAAAGACAUAUUGCCUUGCAUGUCCUGGGACAUUUACAGAAGAAGGAGAAGAUGUACUGAACAGAAAUGAUAUUUUUUAUUUUAUUUAUUCUAUUUUGUAUCAGUAUAUACUGGUUGUCAUCUAUUCUAUGCUCAGACAUUCUCUUCACCAUUGCUCACACUAAAAGCAUCACAUAUUUCUGAAGAAGUAAAAACGGGAACGAAGAACCUUUAAAAUCCACAACCUUGUACAGUCGCCCUGGUAACCGUGUGAAGGUUGAUGUUCACUCACAGAAGUUGCCAUGAUUACCGCAAAUCUAGUAGGAACAACUGCACUAAUCAAAUGCCAACAUUUUCUCCAGAAUAACAAGUCGGAGCUGUUUAAGAAAAUAUAUUUUGCCAGAUGUUGUCCAGAGGAGGAAACACUUUAAAAGAAAAAUGGCACACCGAUGUUUCUCACUUACUAAUUUAAAAACAAAACAAAAAACAAAACAAUUAUAUCCAGUACUGUUGGAGAAGUCGCUCGAAACCCAUGUGUCCCACCCUUGUACUUUCUAGCACACCUUACUAUGCUUUGUCCAGGUUUAGCAUGUGUGUGUGCGCAGCACAGAUUUCACAGAUUUAAUUUCUGUGCAGUUUGACCUUCAGAUUAUUUACAAAUAUUUGACAUGUAUACAGGUGUAUGUCCCAUAUGCACAGAGCAUACAGAUCGGUCAGACAUGCCCUCAGUGACGCGACAGUCCUAGUGUUCCUAGUAGACUCCGAACUGCACUUCUCCUUUUCCCCGACCCUGUUUUGUUUUGUCCUCUCUAAAAGGUGGAUGGUCCCCAUCCACUCACUCAAUUUGCACUUGCAGCACAGAAGGGUGUGCAAACCCACAGGACGACUCUCCUCUCACAUGGUACCACACUGGCUGUCUCCUAAUUCAACAGAGGUUUAAAUUCCUGGUCUCUCUCUCACACACACACACACAUACUUGCAUUCUUGUGGAAACGUUGGCUUCUUCUGCUCUACAAUAAUUUGUACACGAUAUUAAAUGUAAUCUGUUGUGAGAAUAAACAGCAUAUCACGAUAAUGA